AUGCCCCCAUCACGGAAGUCUUGUCUUGCAUGCGCUCAAUCCAAGCGAAGAUGUGACAAAGGAUUACCCAAAUGCCAACGUUGCCUUGCAAAGAACACUGAUUGCGAAUACAACGGCCGAUAUUCCGGCCUGCGGAAAACUACUGGAAGCAAUGUAAACGUUAAUAUUGCCGUUGCGGAGCCCUUUGCGGAGGACCAUGCCAGUGAUUGGCAACUGCAGCGAAGUCCCGCGGUACCGGCGGCAGCAAUUCUCUCGCCUUUCACAAAUAAUCCAUUCUUCAACUUUUCUAACGACCCAUUCAAUCUGGAAAGCAUACCGGAAGAUGACUUUCUCCGUGAGGUUCUCAUGGAAAAUACCGUUCAGCAAGAUCUAAACGAUAUCGGGUGUAUCACCUCGAGUACAGCUCCACAGGCUCGCGUGGAGUUUGUAGCAAAGAAGUUAGCUGCGAUUCCGAAGACAUUUUCCCAACAAGGGCAAGCGAUGUUUAUCCACCGUCGCUUGUUUCAAGACAGAAGUCCUCCAGCUUUACAAGAUGCGCUUAGCGCUUGCGCUCUGUAUUGCUUAAAAAAUACAGAGAAUCAAGUGCUAGUGUUCCGCAACUUAGAGCACAAACGACAACAGCUGAUCGAUAAAAUCGACCCCCUUCUUGUUUCCAAGUUGGAUCUACUUGAAGCUCUGCAAGCGCUGAUAUUGUAUCAAAUAAUAAGUCUGUUCGACGGCAACAUUCGUCUCAGGGCCCAAGCGGAAGCGGACGAGCCAGUUCUCCUAAUGUGGGCUUCGCACCUUAAUUCACGCACGCGUGAAGUGCAGCCCCAGCUAGCUCCAAUUGAAGCGCAAUUUACGCAGGGAAGCGCUUCUCCGAGCUGGCGACGCUGGCUGAUCGAGGAGAGCAGCCGACGGACGGUAAUCAUGGCUUUUAUGUUGAAAGGAGUAUACAGUUACUUGAAACUCGGCCAAGACACGGUUCCAGACCUACGAGUGAGCUUCACGGCCCAAGCAGCGCUUUGGAAUUCGCAGUCGGAAAUUAGCUGGCAGAGAGCGCAAGGUGAGAGGGAGUGGCUUGAAGUGCGGGUGACGCAUUGGGAUGAGGCAAUAGCAAAGGCGAAGCCGGAUGAUUUAGAGGAGCUCGGUGUACUUAUAAUGGUCAUGUUAAAGGGGACAGAGGCAGCCGGGAAAUGGCUGGGAUACACUCACAAUCUUAGAUAUGGUUUAGAGGGAGCUGAGUACGGUUCGCAUCCCAAAAUGACCGCCCAGCAGCAAUCCCUCAGUCAGUGGGUGACACAGAUCAACGAUACUUUUUUUAUCCAACCAAACGACGAAAUCGCCCUCAAGGCUGUCCAUGACCAAGUUGAUCCAGGCUUGGUAGUCAGGAUCAACCACAACGUUUACAAUUACGACGAAUUCAAAGCAGGCCUCCAAUACGCCCGUGCUUCCAGUACAUCAAUCCAAGACGAAUUUUCUGUUAUUCUCCAGUGGGAGAACCCGGACAAGCCGGACGGCGUGGUGGCGGUUCUUAGUAAGUGGACGUCCACGGAUAAGACAUCGGGCAAGGAGACCAAGAAGACCAACGUUAUUCUCUGGGAGGUCAAGUGUAUUGAUGGCAAGAGAAAGCUUACUGGGCAGACUGAGGUGGAGGCCAUUUCCUGGACGCUCUCUGGUGACCAGUCUUAUGAGAUCUUUUGA